CACCACAAGGUGUCCUUGCACAUGCCUUGACUCUCUUCAUCGCUCUCCACCACCACCACGAUUUCGCUAUCUCGUCAAUUUCUUUCCAUCUUAUCAUGUCACCGACGACGACCAAUACCCCUGCGACUGCUUGUUACGAUGCCAAAGCUCAGCGAAAGACGCCACCUGCCAAGAAGCCACAGUUAUCUCCUAUUGCUGCUGUUUCACCGUCCACCCAGAAGAAAGUUUCUCGACGGUCGAGCAAGCCUAUCAUUAACUGGCUCCAGCGAAAGCUUGCGGGGACUGUCAGGUCGAAGAGGGACGGGCCCAAGGCGAGAAAUGCUAUUCCUCUACGAGGCGUGAGCAAUCGGGUCGUUUCGAGCCCUUUGCCCUCGACGGCAGCAAACUGCGGGGGAAUAGAUAACAUCGGCACCAAUAGACAGACAAUGUCGCUGAUCGAGGACUCAGUUGACGUAGCGUCACAGUCCAACGAGGAUCUGGAUUCAACAAGCGACCAGUCGUCAGUCUCAAGACGUGAUUCAGGGCGCGACUCGAUGUGGUCGCCAGCCAGUGCAUUAGAGGCGGACGAGGAUGCGUCGCUGCGCCCGUUGCCACCUAGUUCACCGCCGUCGCCGUCGCCUUCACGGUCGUCAUCAUCCUACCUCUCAAAUCCUCGCACGUUCAGAAGUAUCGCCGCCAGCACGAAGCCUACGACGUUACUUAGCAUCGAUUUACACGGCAACGGUAUGGCUCACAUCGCCCAGGCUCCAGUGACGCCGACGUCUUACCGGCACCAUGCCCGGAAUUCAUCCACUGCUACCAAUCCCACGCUGCUCACCAGUGCAGGAUCGAUCACCUUCUCGGCCCUUCCGCCUUCAUCACCCUCGUUGCGAAAUUCAUCUACUCAGACAAAUGUUUCCAUUUCAUCAGUUCAAGCGCCGCUCCACACUACUCAUCACCCUCGAAAUAACCCUCGGCCUUCUUCACCGCCUCUAGACAACGCGUCAGUGCUGACCCUCGCGUCAUCCGCAUAUGCAAACACCGGUUUUCUACGGUCACCACCGUCGGCGCUCGGAGAUUCCGUGUCACAUUAUGGCAGUAUUGAUGUGGAGAGCAGGAGUGAAUUCGUGUUGGGCGACGAUGUUGACGAACGGGAUGUCGAUGCCAGUGUUAGGGCCCUCAGGCCGAGGAGUUCCAGGCGCGGCAGUUGGGAGAGCGAAGUAAGCAAGUGGAGUGCUAGGAUACACGUUGGAACGCCCUCCUUGGUGAGAGACAGAAGUCUGUGGACGGCCAAUAGUGUCAGAACGGGAGCGUUCAGUGCAGAUAUCGAAUAUGAAAAGUCAGAGGAGGCGGAUACUGAAGUUGAAAAAUCAGUGAUGCAGUCGACGGACGCGACACUAUUCACAACAGGUGUGGACGUGGAUGCUGCAUAUAUCGCGUCUCCUUCAGUUACCAGUAAUACGUCGGAACCCACACCGAAAAACAUUAUCGAGGCUUCUCUUUCGCCAUCGCCGUCUAUGGUAUCAGCGGGACAGGUAGUCCUGCAGGCGGCUGAGGCAACUACAGCUGAAGAAGUCAAGGCUGCCGCGUCUGUGAAUCGGGAGCCAGUGGCAAUGACGCCCAAGCAGGAGAAUGAGAAAGAUAAGACAGCCGAUGUUGUUGACACGGAGGUUCAAGUUUCUGAAGUUGCGCCAGUGUCUGUGAAAGGACUUGGUCCGCACACAGUAGAUGUGGCGAAGUGAAGGAAUAUUUCUGAAGGUUUUUUUUUGUUAAUGUAUGGUAAAGCAUGUUCUCAUUGCUCGUGUUAAACCUUAGCUCACACAUUAUUUUCCCAGUCGCAUCUUUACUGUAGACUAGCGCCAUAUUUAUUACGUUUUUGACCAAUUUUCUACUCGUUCCUGUACCGAGAUCGUCCAACCACUUCUUAAAAGAUGGUAUCGCACCCAAGCCAGUCCCUUCACAACAAUGGACUGACUUCG